AUGGAAGGCUGGGAGGAGGACUUUGUGAUCAGUAGCGGUAGUGACGAAGAGGCAGAGGACGAACCCCUCCAGGUUAUUGGAGUGCGCGCCGACCCGACCAAUGGCGAAAGCUGGGACAGCGAUUUCGACUUCAGUGAUGAUGAGGGCCCUGCUGCAUUGGGGCUGAAUCACGUCACGGCGGCGGCCGUGAAGCCGUCUCGAGACGGCGUAGCAGGCCCGCCCGCUGCUCUGGGCAGUGGAAGCGUGGCCGUGGCGGCCGUGGCCGAGGGACUCGCGUCCGAGAGCAGCAGCGAGACGGGGGCGUGGGGCCAGCUGGUGGCCGGCCUCGAAGCGCUGCUCGCCACCCUGCCGCCCCCACCUGCCGCACCUGCUGCCGGCGCGUCCGCCGCCGCUGCCGAGACCAGCGACGACGAGGACUGGGACCAGGAGCUCCUGGCCACCGCCGCGGCCGACGCGCCGUUGACGCUGCGCAAGCAAGGUCCGCACAUCGUCGAGGACGAUGGCGAAGAAGAGUGGGAGAGGGACAUCGUGAUCGAGGACAGCGACGAUGACGAUGGCGCGACGAAUGCGAAGAAUGCUGGAGGAGGCGGCGCUGGCGUCGGCGGCGGUGCGGUGGGUGGACUUGUUGCGGACGAUAACAACGAGCUGGUGAUCGAAGACAGUGACGACGACGAAGCUGCGGGCCGCAGUGGUGGGGCAGCAGCGGCGGCGGCGGCGAAAGGCGCGGAGCAGAGCGGCAGUCGGGAACAACGCAGUGGUACGGUGCUGCCAUCGCCGCUCAAGCCCGACCCCUGGAACACGGACUUGGAAAACCACGAGGCCCAGCUCAGCGAAGCCCAGAGCAACGGCGACAAGGCCGGCGAGGUGCGUGCACACCGCGACAUUGCCGACCUGUACAAGCAAAAGGCCCAGUGGCACAAGGCCCUCGCCAGUCUGAAAGCUGCGCACAAGCUGGUGGUCAGAAUGCGUGCGCAGGCCAAAGAUGGUCCGGACCAGACGGAGGCCGAGCUGUUGUACGAAAUCGGUGAGACCGCGCGCUCGGGCGGAGACAUGCUCGAGGCCGAGGAGUACCUGCACAAGGCUCUCGAGGCCUCCCACAAGUUGGCCGACCCGCUGUACCAGCUGGGCCUCUCGUCCGCGGCCUCGCACCGCCCGCUCCGCGCGACCGUGUGCUUCUCGAACCAGCUCAAGUCCCUCGCCCCGACGCAGGACUGGGACGGGUUCGCCAAGGGCUGCCUCGAGAUCGGCAAGAUCCUCAAAACAUCCGGUCACACUGAGCUGGCCCGCAGCUUCCUGGACCGAGCAGUCAACUACGCCCUGGCGAAAUCCAUUAAGGAGGAGGCGCUCGCGCUGUUACGCAGCAUUCCCCGGAUCACGCGGAGAGCGACUGCUGAAUCGGACUCGGGGGAUGCCGAAGACAAGGACGAGGCCGACAACGAAUCCGAGUCUGAGUCGGACUGGGAGGCCGAGCUUAACCUCUCUGACAGCGACACGGCCCCGUCGGGCCGCAAGCUGGGCCUCGACCUCGAUGGCAUGGACGCCCAGGGAGAAAUGGCGCGGAAGCCCACCGAGGAGAGCGUGCGAGGAACGCUGCCGCCGCGCUACAAGCUCAACACCGACGACGACCAGCACGUCGAGAUCCAAAAGUCGGUGCUAAUGUGGAUCGGUGUGUUGGCGCUACCAACCAACCUCAGGUUCCCCAAGCCCACGUUUUUGUAUUCGCUGCGGACGAAGGAGGGCGAAAGCUACCUGCACGAGCGCGAGUUGGUGUCGUGGCUCGAGACGAUCGUGACCAAGCGGCCGCUGGUCCUCACCGACCAGAUCCUCACCAUCACCUCCGCUGAGUUCUGCGCCUCUGUCGCUGCGUACGAGAAGUUUUCGGAGGACUGGGUGCGAGCGUACACGGAUUUCUGCUGCACGUCCUACGCACAGCGCAAGAGGGACGAGUGUUGGGCGACUCUUCGUCACUUCUUCGGAGCCUACGGCGACCGCAAGCACGACGCGUCGUCGGCCGCGCCGCUGCCGCAGGAGGUCGACUCGAUUCUGCUGCUCGUCAACCUCGCCGCCAAGAUGUGGACCGACGACAAGGAAAAGGAGUUUGCCGGCUUUCUCAAGACCGUGCGCAAGUUUUUGCCGCAGGCGGCCAGCCUCCUCGCCCUCAUCCACACCGAGACACACAGCCAUCACGGGGGCGGAGAGAAGUUUGGAGUGGUGGCUCGGUUCCUGGACAUCUACCAGCGCACGAACGCGGCCGCGGCGCCCACGACUGCGGCCCCGCUCGUCUCCGGAAUAUACGGCGGCGUGCUGGACAACACCUACCUCCAGGCCAUCGCCCUGACCGACCUCCACCUCCACCUCAACUACAUCUCGCCCCUCACCACGCUCAAGCUCCAAAGCGAGGAAGCUACAGAGUAUCAUGAGCAGACGUGCACGGUGAACGACUACCAGUCCGACGGCGAAAUGGAAGAGGAGGCGCCCAUGGAAGGGGCCGAGGACGACUGGUGGGCCGACGAGGACGGGGCCGGCGCUGGGGGCUCGGCGAGCGGAGACGACAGCGAGCGAGCUUCGCUGACGGUCGACGUGUUCGAUUCGGACGUGCGAGCCAAGGAGCUGCAGGACCUCUACCUCAGGCUCCCCCUUGGUUGGUACAAGGCGAAAGCGGCGUAUGCGCUUGGCAACUUUUACGUGGGCUCGGCCGAGUCUGCGGCGGGCUCCGCCGAGGAGACUGCACUCGGCGAGCGCCUUUUGUUCGAGGCCGUCUACAUCCUCGAUCGGUGCCCCAACGCGAGCGAGGGCUGCUCUGCGAUUGCGUCGGAGCUGGGCACCAACGCGCUUCUCUCCUACGCAGCGGUGCUGAUGCGCAACUACAAAUACAUCUACGCCAUUCGGGCCUACCACUCGGCCCUGGUCUGCCUGCACCUGCGGAACAAGCGCGACGCGUACUACUCUCUGCUGCACCAGCUCGCCGAGGUGUCGCGCGCCCACAACGACCACCCGCGAUCCCUCGACUACCUCCACCAGAUGCUCCAGAAGUACACCGAAGAGGGCAAGAUCAACGAGAUCUUGUAUGUGUCCGACAUGCUGAGCAAGCAGUACUCUGAAAUCGGACUCUACACUCACGCCGAGGCACACAUUCAGAUGGCGUACGAGCUUCUGGAGGCGCAGGGCGGCGGGGCCGACGCGCGCAAGCUGCGGGUGGUGCUCGACGCGGCCACGCUCUACCUGGAAUCGGGCCAGCUGAACCGCGCCAUCGAGCUUCUGUCGCAUCUUAUCCUCCUCCACCAGCUGCAUGUCCAGGAGCUGGGCCGCGAGAAGUACCGCGGCGCGCUCACGCUCCUCGCCGAGGCCUACAUCAAGAAGCGCUGGUUCGCCGAGACCCAGUGCGUGCUCGAUCGCCUGGCCAAGGAGCCGCUCCACCCCUUCCGCCCCACCACCGACACCGCCUUCGACCCCGGCAUGCGGGAGAGCUCAAAGUAUUGGCACUUGCGGGCGUCGAACUACAUGCAGGGCUCGCUGCACGGGGAGGCGCUGGCCUGCGUCGACCUGGCCAUUCGCGCGUGCUCCAAGCAGUCGCUGGGUUUGCUGGGCCGCUACUACUAUCUGCGCGGCAAGAUCCUCCAGGAAAUCAUUCGGAAUCCGCCUCAGAUGCCGACAACGCUGCCGGCGCCCAAUCUGGACGAGGACACCGUGCGCUACAUCCUCUACUUGGGCGAGAAGGGCCGUCCCACCGUCGAGCCCACGCUCUACACCUGCCCUGGUGAUGUGCUGCAAGAGGCGGUGUCGUCGCUGGAUCGGGCCUACGACUACUUCCUGGCCGUGGGCGACGAUCUCCAGCUCUCCAAAACCCUGUCGCGCAUCGCCGAGGUCUAUCUCGACCACCUCUUCGUGCACGUCGCGCUGCUUCGCGUCCCCUACGAGGAACGGGCGCGUUUGACUUCGUUCUCGCUGUCGGACAUGGCGCGCAAGCCGGGCACGAUGGACGACGAAGAGGAGGAGGGCAAGGACGUAUUUAUCUCCUUCGACACCAUCGAGGGUCCCGCGGAAACGUGCCUCGACAUCUGCGCCGAGACCUGCAACGUCAUGCUCAUGCUCACCGGGUACAUGAACAUGGCCGAGCUGCGGUAUCUGCAGGACUCGAUCGGCGACAGCCUGGCGUUCUGGCGCGAGUGUAAAGACCAAUUUUUGCUGUUAUUUAUGGACGGGUCGCGCUUCAUGGCCGACAACGCCCCUCCCACCCUGCUCGGCCGCGCGCUGCAGCUGGUCAAGCGGCUCCUUCGCUUCAUGCUCUGCUUCGACGUCGAACUCAUCAACAAGUGGCUGACGUCAGCAUUCUUUAAUGUGGCGGUCGGACAGAACCUGAUGCUGAUCGACGCGUACCUCCUGCUGGAGCGGGAGCUCGAGCAGACGCGCAAGCGGUCCUACAACCUGCGCCUGCCGACGGACGCGGACGCGCCCAGCGCGCUGGCCCAGGUCACGCGGCUCAUUUGCACACCGGCACACAAGGACCUCAACGGCGUCAUCGGCCACAAGCGGAAGCGCUACCCCUCCUUCACCUCGCGCGAUGGGGGCAACCUCAACUUUGAUUCCGUCGACGACGAGGAAAAGCAGAAGAACGGCGUCACCACGCCUUCGCAGUCGUCGUCGUCAUCGACGUCGGGCGGAGCUUCGGCAUCUUCAUCGUCGUCGUCUCAGUCAUCAUCGGCGGAGGCGAGCGCCGCGGCCGCAUCGGCGCUCGCGGCGUCGUCGGUCGGCGAAGGCGGCGGGGCGUGGGGCAAGCUCCGGUGGAUCAAGAACUGUAUAAACAAAUAUGUAAAUGGCCGCAUGUCGCAGGAGGAGAUGCUCGCCACCAACCGCGCCUCCCUGCGCGCCCUGGCCCGCGAGCAGCACCAGGCCCGCCUCCUCCGCCGCCAGAACAACCGCCAGCCUCUCAACGGCGAGGGAAAGGUGGGAGCGCAGCCGGUGACGUUCGGGAAGAAGCUGGGGAAGGGCGUGAGCAUCCGCGGGCGGGGCACGUUCAUGCGGCUGCUGCAGGAGAAGCGAUCGUCGUCGUACGCCUUCAACGAGCUCAUCGUGCAGAGGCCGGCCCUCUCGCAGCUGGUCUACAUGUUCGUGCUGGACAACGCUCUCGUGGCCUACGUCCCCGCAUCCGGCAAGAAGCGCAUCCAGCAGCUGGCAGGGCGAGUCGAGGCCUCGGGACCCAUGUCCAACGAGGAAAAGGGCGAGCUGCCGGUGUCAGUGCAUCUGAUGGUGGACGAGGCCGAGUCGGUGAACUUCACCAUCAGCCCGGGCGCGUCGCUCGACGCGCUGGUGCGGCAGCUCUACGCCCACCGGGACUGGCAAUCGCGCAGCGACAUCGGCGCGCCGGCCACGACCGACUCACCGCUGCCUUCGCCCCUGUCCUCCUCGCCGCCUGAGCUCACGCCCAAGCGGGAGCGGUCGACGUCGGGCAACAAGCACAACAAGUUCGGGUCGGUGUCGAAGGCGCUCCAGCUGCAGCCCCGCAUCCAGUUCCGCCAGGCCAGCGCCUCCUUCUACCCGCUCUUCCAGCAAUGGCUCGAAUUCUUUGGCCAAAAGGAAACGUUCCAGCCUCUGCCGGGUUCGAGCGGGGCCGAGAAGGAGCGCACGCCCAUGGAGAAGAUCGGCAAGCGCGGCCACCGCAGGAGCAAGUCCUCGACCUUCACCGCUCCCGCCCUCUCCAACUCCAGCGACGGUGUCGCGUUCAACCCGGCUGCGGGGGCGGUGCCGCCGUGCGUGUUCCUCGCCAAGCGGGUCUACGCCGCAGAGAGCGGCGAGGGCGCCGGCGCCGGCGGGUCGGGCUCGCGGGCCGCCGGCUCCGGCUCGGGCUUCGUGCCGCUGUGCGAGCUCAUGAAGUCGCCCCUGUCCGACUGCUUCUCGGCCAAGGAGAUCGCCACCGCCACCCAGGCCUGCCCGCUGCGGCUCUACCUCUACUUUGCCGACUCAGCCCCGUCGCUCACCCACCUCACGUCGCCGUCGGCCGGCGCGCCGGCCGCGUCGCGCAAGAUCUGCUUCUCGGAGGUCACCCUGGCCUACCUGGCCUCGCUGGUCUCCCACCCGCCGCCGCCCGGCCUGCUCCACAAGAUCAAGACCAAGGCCGACGAGCCCCUCGCGCCCCUCCCCGAACUCGCCCACUCGGCCCUCGGCGAACUCACCAGCGUGUUUUCGUCGGUGUUGGAGAUUAUGCCGGCGUCGGGCCAGAGCUCGGCGGGCAUCGUGCCGGUGGACCUGCCCGUGGCCAAGUCGACCAGCGGCUUCUUCUCGGCCCGCUUCCGCCGCUUCACCUCGUCCUCCUCGCACGGCCUGCCCGCCGCCACCCGCGCCAUCUCCGCCACCCCGCCUGUCAUCAUCCCGUGGGAGCUGCUGCUCCACGACGCCGUCGUUCGCUCGUUCUCGCUGCACGGCCUCCUCCACUCGCCCGCCCUGAAACCGAGGAAGCUGCUGCGCGGCGAAGGUCCGGCGUCGAUGUCGGUGUCGGCGGCGGCCCUGGCGGCGAUGGGCCAGCAGAUCCCGCGCUUUGUGCUCGCCUUCUCUCACCUGGCGCCCGCCCACCACCACGCGGCCAUGGUGCUCCCCUCGCCAGGCGGCGGCCCGUCGUCGGCGCUCAUCACCGCCAGCCCGGUGCCCGUCACGGCCCGCGGCAGCCGCGAGCGCGGCGGCGGAGGCCCCGGCAGCGAAGCCCGCUUUGACGACGAGGCCGAGGGCCGCCAGGUCGAGUGGGUCGUGGGCAACGCGCUCCACGGGCUGCGCGUGUGGCCCGAGGGUCCGGUCUACGGCAGCGAGGCCGGCUUCGGCUGGCCCCACGCCUGCGCCCUGACCGCCACGCCCAAGCUCGUCUCCAAGUACCGCAAGAAGCUGCGCUCGCUUGCCUUUGUUGACCUCGCGCCCGUCAUCGCCGCCGCCGCCGCCACCAGCGCUACGCCGUCGGCCCUGGCCGAGGCCGUUGUGGGCGGCGCCGGAGACAGCGGAGCCCGCGCCGGCGAGUGGUCGGUGUGUCUGAUGGGCUACGGCGAGCUGGUCGACGGCCACCCGCUCGUCACGGAGCUCGCGCGCCGCGGGUGCACGCUGCUCUUCGUGCCGCCGUCGCACGUGAAGGAGAUGGCCGAGCGGCUGUCGAAGCUGGGCGACGCGCUGCGGGCCUCGCGCAUGCGGCCGGGGAUGGGCACGGCGGGCGCGGUGCCGCCCUCGCUGCCCUACCUGCUCCUGGCCGCCAUGUCCGGCUUCCACGAGGAGUUCCUCCUGCCCAUUGCCAUCAUCAACCCACCAUCCGCCACCACCACCGCCACCACCUCGCCCGCCGUCACCGGCAAGUGA